GGAUAAAACUCAGUAAAGACUCAGGUAAGACUCAGACUCAGACUGGGGUCAGAUUCGAGUCAGACUUGGGUAAGACUCAGAUAAGACUCAGGUAGGACUCAUCUACAACUCAGGUCAGACUUGGGUAAGACUCCUCUAACCAUCCCCUUGAGUGUUUUAGCUUUUAAAAAUGAAAACUACGUACUGUUUAUUCCCUUAUGCCAAUAAAGCACAUCGAAAUCGCGAAUUGUGAGAGAAAGACCUGUUGUAACCAAUCUGCUCAGUUAACUUCACAUUAAUCAGUCUGUGUAUUAACCAGUGUGUUUCCAUUAAGAUGUUGUUCUAAUCUGUCCAAAGCUUUGGUCAAAUCAUAAAACUGCCUCACUGUCUAUUCUAAUUUUCUGACACAGGUUUCCAAGCAGAGGAAACCCACACUUACACAGAGUCUGAUGAGGUCAGAUUGGUGGGAGGAUCUGGUCGCUGUGCAGGAACACUGGAGAUGAAGAACGAGGAGGAGUGGAUCCCGGUGUACGUCCUGUCUAGCUGGUCUCUGUAUGACACAGCUGCUAUUUGUAGACGUCUGGACUGUGGCUAUGCUAUUUCAGCACGCAAAAUAUCCACCUCAAGCAGAAAGGCAAUGAGCCUUUACCUCUCCGACUGUGUUCGGUCUGGAUCUCCUCUGGGGAAGUGUGCAACAGCAGUGAUCUCUUCCUCUGUUGUGGAAAUCACCUGCUCAGACUCUGUCAGGCUGGUGAAUGGAACCAGUCUGUGUUCAGGCAGACUGGAGGUGAAGUCUAACCAGCUUGACCAGUCUAACCGGACGUGGUCCUCAGUGUGUGAAGCUGACUUUGACCAGCGGGAUGCAGAGGUGGUCUGUAGGGAGCUUGGCUGUGGGGCUCCUUCAGUCCUCCAGGGGUCGCUCUAUGGAGAAGUGGAUGCUCCAAUGUGGACCAAAGACUUCCAGUGUGGAGGCCAUGAGUCUGCUCUCCAGGACUGUGGAAAAUCAGACUCAACUAGAAACACCUGCUCAUCUGGCAAAGCUGUUGGACUCACGUGCUCGGAGCCUGUCAGGCUGGUGGGGGGAGGCAGUCGCUGUGCAGGUAUGCUGGAGGUGAAACACCAGGGAGACUGGAAACCAGUGAGUUACAUGGACUCACGCUGGACCCUGAAGUCAGCAGUUGAAGUCUGUAGGCAGUUGGACUGUGGCUCUGCUCUUUUAAUGGGAAUAGGAGAGGAUUCAUCAAACAGAACUUUAUGGCACAUGGAUACUAUGUGUAUUAGGCAUGGAGCUGAUCUGAGGGACUGUGUAGUAAAAAAUUCAUCUUUCUCUGACGUCAUGGAGAUCACCUGCUCAGUGACUGUCAGUGGAUGCCAUUGGACUGAACUGUACAGUUAUCAGGACAAUGAAACCCUAAAGAGUAGAGAUGUGGACUUGUUCCUGGAGGCUUCAAACCAUCAGCAGAUGUUGUUUGUGUUCAUGACUCCAGGAAAGAAGUGA